CCCCCCUCUUUUCCUCUGACAAACCCGGAAGUGUUCGGUCUGGCUCCCUCUGACUGGAAGCAGAAGAGCAGUUCCAGCUCCUGUAACAUCUCCUGUUUGUUGGAUAAAGUAGCCCUUUGCCACCAGGCUGCCACUAUUUCCCCAAGUGUGAUUGCCCUGAAGGUGUGUGCAUGUGUGUGCGUCUGCUGAGUGUGUGUUGGGGAGAUGAACUGCAUGUACCAGGACCGGGAGGAGUUGGAGGAUGAGCUUUAUCAAGAGGAUGACGCAGACGCUGAUGGGUCAGAGGCCGACAGCGAGCUGGAGUUCCACCUCUACAGCCAGCUCCACUACUCCUCUAAUGCUGGGAAGAUGGAGGAGCAAGAGGAGAAAGGUGAGGUGGCGGAGAGCCAGGACAACCUGCAGACGGAUGUGGCGGAGAAGACGAGGGAUGGAGAACAGGAGCACAGUGGAGAAAGUAGGCCUCAGUCACCUGAUAUAAAUGCACUACAGCGAUACCUGAAGAAGAGGGCUGAGAAACGGGACAAACAGAAGAAGAGGGAAAGCAACUCUAAAAGUCAGGGGUCAUCUUCCCUUUAUGAGGAGGUCAUUGUAAUUGACUCCGGCCCUGAUGUCAUCUCCAUCUCUGAGGGCGACACUUCCGAUGAUGAUGAUGAGGGGGUCUGUGCCUUGAAGGGUCAAGGUGGAAGACCACAGCAGACUUCUACUCCUGCUGGACAGGGAACCCAGAAGAAGAAGCGCAGUAUUAAUGGCCCUGUAGCUGUCUCCAGCAGCUCAGAUUCGGAUUCAGAGGAGUCUGAGUCUGAGUCGUCUAAUACUUCGGAUUCCUCUGAUUCCUCUGAUUCGGAUGAUCUGGAGAACUGGAUGAUCCUAGGUCCAGGGAAGCAGGAUGGAGACCACUCUAUCUCACUCAACCUGGAAGGAGGGUCCGACAGUAAUGCAGAUGUUGAAGGGGAUGGCAGCUGGUUGGUUUCUGCAAAAGACAGGGAGGCUCAGAUCUACAACAAAGACAAGGGUGCCAGGAUCGCUGUGCAGCGGCUGCCAAACAGAUACUACACCAACAAAAGUGUCCAGUGUAGGAACUGCAACAAGUACGGACAUCUCUCCAAGAACUGCCCUGAGCCCAAAAAAUUGUUGCCCUGCUUUCUUUGUGGCACUCCAGGCCAUCUGUCAAACGAAUGUCCCAACAGGCACUGCAACAACUGCGGCCUGCCAGGGCACCUCUAUGACUCCUGCAACGAGCGGGCAUACUGGCACAAACAGUGCCAUCGCUGCAGCAUGACAGGACACUUUUUUGACGCUUGCCCAGAGAUCUGGAGGCAGUAUCAUAUCACAACUGAACCAAGUGUUCCUGUGAAGCAGCAAGAAGAAGACCAGGGUAAAAGUCCCGCCCACUGCUACAACUGCUCCAGGAAAGGACACUUUGGAUAUGCAUGUACACGACAGAGGAUGUUCAAUGGGACGUAUCCCUGCACCCCAUUUAUCAACCACUACGACAGCAAGGAGGACAUCAACCGCCGGCAACACAGAGUAAAGAUGAAGAUAAAAGAUCUGAAGCAACAUGGUCUCUUCCCUGCGGGCACAGAGACCCCUCUCACUCCAGGACCCCCAAAGAAGAGACAGAAAGUGGACCAUCACAAAAACAACCACAAGCACAACCAUACACCGCACCAAAGCAACAACAACCACAAAUCAAAUCGGACUCACAUUUUUUUUAAAGACAACCAUGAUUUUAAGGCUCCAGCAGCAAAACUGAACAAGCACCACAAGUUCAAACAACCAGAGAGUGCUGGCAAUGUAAAACCAUGGAAACCCAAGAGACCCGUGCCCACCUCGAGAGAACCACCACCUAAACUGGUCCUGGAUGAGGCAGAUGACUUCCCCAGAGGUGGGGCAAAAGCUGACAACACUGUGAUGAAGAAGAAGAGGAAGAGGGUGAAGAAAAUUAAGCCAGUUCCUUCAGGGCCACCAGGGGGACACGGGAACAGCAGAGCAGACCGCUCCUGUUGGACUGCAAGGGGAGAGUUCCAUGGGUCAAAACAAGAGAAGGGAGAGAAUAAGAGGAAGAGGAGAAAUUGGGGCAAAGGGGAUUAUAAAAAGAAUGCACAGAUGUACCCAACAGAUGAAAACCUGUUUAUAAUCAAACAGAAGAGAAAGAGUAGCAGAUAGCAUCAUUUUGUCAGGGACUGACAGGACCUUCAUUUGCAGGACCUAUAGAAUGUGUUCAAGACAUUUUAGGACAGGUCAGAGGUCUUCUAGACUCAGGUUUCACUGCCGAAUAGUUUAAGUUGCCAGUGCUGCUUCAGAGGGCGAGCAGGUUUUAAACCCAUGUCAUGAAAACCCAUGUCAGUGCUCAUAUUGACACGUCAGUUGUUAAGACAGACCAUCAACCUGUCCUGUAAUGAUCAAAGCUCGUCUUAGAUUUUUCAGAGAUGGACACAGUUGUUCAAGAACCCAGCUAAGAUUGACUGAUUUAGUGAUAACUGAGGUCAGCAAUCGUCAUGACUUUCAAAACUAACAAACAUCAAUAAACAAAAUAUAAUUUAUCUGCAUCAUGCUCCAGUGGUUUCUGUAAGUUGUGUAAUAAAUGAUAGACAAAAUGGUCUCUUAGUGUCUUAACUUUCACAAUACUUCACUUCUUUGUUAAUAGUAGUUUCUACACAGUGGAAAGUAUACAAUAUAAACACUGAUCUUUCAAACGAGAUCAUUUCACAGUGCCUCUUGAAGUUACUACUGUUUGCCACUGUAACCAAAGGUUUAUGGAGUUUUAAAUAUAGGAAAUAAAGAAAUGAAGGAAUGCCUUGUUUUGUAAACCACUUAUGAACAUUUGAAUAAAUUACAGCAUACUAUACCUGUAUUACACGUUUAAGCAAAAUCAACAAAUGAUCAUCUCACCUGCUGUUCUCUGAACAAGACAGACAUGCAGCCUUGACAGUAUUAACGAUUGCAACUUUUUGAUAAAUUGGGAGAACAUGGGCUAACUUUUAAUGGUUGGGUCAUGAUGUAACCAUGAUAUCAACAAAUUAGAUAAGACGUUCCUGUAUCGUGAAUACUAGAUACCAAAGAUCUCUGGUAUAAUUAUUAAAAUUUGAAUCUGACAGAUAAAUUGGUCAUUCAGGAGGUGAAAUUAGGGACAUCGAGGUUUUACGUCUUUCGAAACCUGUUCCAACUGGUUUGUUCAGUAACUCUAAAUCGUUCCAUAAUGACAUGUAUUUAUGAAGGUAAUCCAAUAAAAUAAUUUGGUCCCAGUC